GCCCUAUUUGGAGCUGGACUCUGCAGGACACCGGCCCUCCAGCACCGAGUUUGGGCACCCCUGCGUUAGGGUAAGAUCUGCUUUUCGCCAGCGCGCAGUCAGGCCAGAAGAUGGUAGUAUCGCUCAUCUUUCCUCCAGUCAACACCCACGAACCCUGAAUGACCCCGCCUGAAACAGAGCCCUGCAAAUGCGAGAAGCUCUUAUAGCCUCCUGCCUUUACCCAGCCAAUGAAGUCGCCUGAAAUAGGGCGGUGAGAACAUCUCGACCCACUCAACUUUAGUGAAGUUCUGUCAGAGAAGCUCGGCGCUGGCGGAGACGGAGUGGAGUGUCUUCCGGACCCGUUGUCAGUUUGGAUGAGACCAACCAUGGCGCCCAGUCAGGGUUCCAGGAUGCUCAGUAAAGAUGAUGCGAAUUAUAAACUUCACUUUCGGAUGAUAAACGAGCAACAAGUGGAGGAUAUCACCAUUAAUUUCUUCUACAAACCGCACACCAUUACUUUAUUGACGUUCACCGUCGUCAGCAUAAUGUACUUUGCGUUUACGAGGGAUGAUGGUGAUUCUGAUAAUAACCUUCGUGUGGGUCUGCUGCUGGUCGGCUCUUUCUUUCUUGUUAUCAGUGUUCUUGCCUUCCCCAACGGUCCUUUCACAAGACCGCAUCCCGUUAUAUGGCGCAUGGUUUUUGGUCUCAGUGUCCUUUACUUCCUAUUCCUGGUGUUCCUCAUCUUCCUGAACUGGGAUCAGGUGAAGGCGCUGUUGUAUUGGCUGGACCCCAAUCUACGUUAUGCUACACGAGAAGCAGAUGUCAUGGAGUAUGCAGUAAACUGUCACGUGAUCACAUGGGAACGCAUCCUGAGUCACUUUGACAUUUUUGCCUUUGGUCAUUUUUGGGGCUGGGCAAUGAAAGCUCUACUCAUCCGCAGCUACGGUCUCUGCUGGUCUAUCAGCAUCACAUGGGAGCUCACAGAGUUGUUUUUCAUGCACCUCCUGCCAAACUUUGCAGAGUGCUGGUGGGAUCAAGUCAUUCUUGACAUCCUGUUGUGCAAUGGAGGGGGCAUUUGGCUUGGCAUGACUGCGUGUCGCUUUUUAGAGAUGCGUACCUACCACUGGGCCAGUAUCAAGGAUAUCCACACAACCACAGGCAAGCUGAAACGGGCUGUUUUGCAGUUCACUCCGGCCAGCUGGAUGUAUGUGCGCUGGUUUGACCCCAAAUCCUCUUUUCAGAGGUUGGCUGGAAUCUACCUCUUCAUGAUAGUAUGGCAGCUCACAGAAUUGAACACAUUUUUCCUGAAGCAUAUCUUCGUAUUCCAGGCCUCUCAUCCUCUCAGCUGGUGCCGGAUCCUCUUCAUUGGGAUCAUCACUGCCCCCACAGUGCGGCAAUACUACGCAUAUCUAACAGACACCCAGUGCAAAAGAGUUGGAACACAGUGUUGGGUGUUUGGGGCCAUUGCUUUCCUGGAGGCCCUGGCUUGUAUCAAAUUUGGACAAGACUUGUUCUCUAAAACACAGGUUCUUUAUGUUGUCCUUUGGCUUUUGUGUUUGGUGAGUGUUUUGGUUUAA